AAACGACUAAAUUUUUUCAAAGUUGCGCCAUGAGGACGGCUGCAAUAGUUAGAUUUUUAUAAAAUUUACUAAAAGUUGGCUUACUUGAGUAAUAAAAGUUCUUAAAAAAAUUCACUAUUUAUUUUUAACAACAAUUGUGUAAUAUAACAGGCUGACAAAAAAAAAAAAAAUAAAUAAAUGAAUAUCGUAACUUGAAAAAUUAUUUUCGCCAUAUAAGACUGACGUAAAUUUAAACUGAAGUUAUACCCAUAACAGUUUGAAUGUAACUGACGCGCUCUACGAACAAUAACACGAGAAAAUUUAAUAUUCAAAAGGUUGAAAGCAAUAACACAAGAUUCUAUAAUAAAUCAUCAACUAUAUUCACUUUGAUAUUUUAUUCCGCCAGUUUUCACUUAGCGGACUUUUUGCAUACUUAAUUUUUUAAUUAUUUUAUACCAGCAAGCGUACACGCAAAAUAUUAUUUCUUUUGAUGCUAAAGGUAUCGUAGAUAUCAAAGGUACUGCAGGUGACAUGAGUCUAAAAAUGGACUAUUUCGAUACAAAGGACUGGAUAUUUCUUAAAUAUCCGCUUUACGUCUGUGGUGUAUGGCCUACGCAACCCUUUCGAAUAAGAGCACUGGUUUGUCCUCUAGUUUUCUUCUGUGUCCUGACUCUUUAUAUACCCGAAGUAAACAGAUACAAUUUUUGUUAAUUAUUUUUCUGUAUAUUAUAAAAAUAAUUUCUCUGCAGGCUAUAAAUCUUAUAAUGGUCAGAAAUAGUUUUAUCCAACUUAGUGACGGUGUCCCACUUUUCGGAAUUCACACCGUAAUUGUUUUUAACUACGGUUGCUUUAUAUCGAAUUUUGACAAGGUAAAUAAUCUUCGACUAUUAUUUAAGUGAUUUAAAAGCUUAAUUAUUUUUUAGAUAAAAGAAUUACUUAAAAAAAUUCAACAAGAUAGUACAUCUGAUGAUUUAUCAGAAGAAGAACUAAUUCUACUAAAGAGAGAAACUAGCGAAUCUAACAAAAUUAUUCGAUUAUAUACUGGUUUUCUCUACUGCAGUGCAUUAUUAUUUAUAUUCAUUAUUCCGGCAAUGCCGAAAAUAUUAGACAUGAUUCAUCCAUUAAAUGAGUCGAGGCCGAGAAUUGUUCUAUAUUAUACUGAAUAUUUUAUUCGUGAUGAAAAGUACUUGGCCUAUAUUCAUAUUUAUGAGUAUAUAAUAAGUCCAUUCCCGACAAUUGUCGUUUGUGCUUAUGAUUCGUUAAUUGUAAGCAGUUGUCAACACGCCUGUAAUAUGUUGUAUAUCGUUGGGUAUCGAUUCAAUAAUAUCACUGCUACCAUUGAAGAAUCUAAUGAUAAAAAAUGUAGAACUGGUUCUCAAAUUUUGACCAAGUAUAUCACUGAUCAUAAAGCAAUUUUGAGAUACAUCGAAUUAUACCACGAUUGUUUUGCAAAUACUUCUUUAGUAGUACUUAUUCUUACCGUAGGAACACUCUGUCUAGCAGGUAUACAAUGUCUCUUAAGAAUGGACGAGAAAGCAGAACUAAUUCGUUUCGGAUUAUGUACAGCUGCCGUAUUUUUCCAUACUUUUCUUCUUUCGAUUUGCGGACAAAAAUUCAUAGAUUACUCCGAAUCUCUGUAUACUUUGACAUGUCAAAGUCAAUGGUAUAGACUACCAGUGAAAUUACAAAAAUUAAUGGUCAUAAUUAUGCUUGAAUUUGCUCAACCAAUCCACCUGAAAGUCGGAAAAAUUUUCACAGUAUCAUUCGAGAGUUUUACAGGAAUUAUGCAAAUGACUAUGUCAUAUUUUACAGUUGCGCAUGCCGUUUUUCUGUGACUUUGAAUCUGAAUAAAAUUAUUAUUAAUAUUAUUUAUUGUGUCAUUGCCAUGGAGUCAAUACUCCUGUACGGCCAUUUAAUGAUUACAAAUUAAAAGUAUAGAAAAUGUUUAGUUAUAACCUAAAGAAAAAUAUAUUACAUAUAAAUGCAAAUAGUUUAACAUUAGUUUAAUCUACUCAAUCAUUUCUCAUAACAUUAUCAGAUGGUUUUAUAUUCUCAUCUCAUUUAUCACAAACGAUUGGUCAUACUUCAUUAUCCAAUACUUAGGAAAUUCAUGAAAAAUAAGAGGCUUUUGGUGCAGCUAUAGAACUUUAAAGAUAAGCUUCGACAGAAAAAACUCAGGUUGAGCUUUUAAACUGAAAACCGGGAAGAUAUAAUAACCACGUGUCAAGUCGAUGGCAAAAUUUAUAAAGAUGGAUAAUACUUUAAGCCAACUGCAGUACCCAAUAAAAAUUGUUAUUGUGCUCCUGGCUACACUGG